ACAGCAGAGAGAGCCAGCAAACAAACAGCAGACAGGAACAAAGUGCUGUGUCUUCUUCAAAAGAUGCCAAAAGGUCUUUUUACAUUCAUUCGUCUUCUUAUGCUUUUACUCAGUUUCUCUACUGUUUGCCUGGGAGUACUUUGCAUGUCCACAAAUUCCUCCAUGUGCAGAUGUGGAAACAACAAGCUAGUAUUUUAUUGCCUGUUAGCUUUGGGGCUCUGCCUCCUUGUUACUGGCAUUUUCUGGAGCACUUUCCAUGAAGUCCUGAAAUACAGGGCCCUUGGCAUCUUCAUUCGAAAUCCCAGCCACAGAGAACCACAUGUCUGCACCAUAGACAGGCCUGACUUCUAUCCUCCCUCUUAUGAAGACAGCAUAGAUCCUGAAAAACUGGUCUCCCCACUGUCAUUUGCCUCCACACUAAAACAGCAAGAAUUCAUCAAUAUUCCUCUGUUUCCAUACAGUGAAAGCAGUGCAGGGUUUGUCAGUGAAACAAAUGAGCAGGAACAGCCACCACCAUACACAUUAUCUCUGGAGCAGCAGCAAACAGCUGGCCAAGACCCAAAUCCCAGAAGCGGGUUAAAUUCUCAUAUAUUCAUGCAAGAAAUCAGUUGCCAGGAGGACACAGAUUUCCAGAGGAUCUCAGGAAGAGCAACACCUGUCAAAACAUGA